AUGCAAAUACUAGAUGUUCCGGAAUCCAAGACCGCGGAAGAACUCGCGAGAGACCUGGACAUAAAACCACUUCCCGAAUCAGUGCCCGAGGAUUUUGUCGGGAAGAUGUUUAAAUAUGGCCGGAAACAGGGGAACUCAACAACUUCCUGGAUCGUGGAAUUGCACCCAGCGGCGAGGAGUCACUUCGCAAAAGUAGGGAAAAUCUUCACGGCCUGGAGAUCACACGGCAUUCGCGACUUCCUCCUAGUUUUCCGCUACUUCCAAUGCCAACGGUUCGGGCACAUAUCAAAAUACUGCAAAUCCACCAAACAGUGUGGAUACUGCGCCUCAACGGAACAUGAGAACCGGGAUUGUGAUGUUCGCGAUAAUCCCGCUAAACAUAAGUGCGCGAAUUGUGUUCGUGGUGGCGCGAAAGAGGUGAAUCAUCACACUGCCCAGGAUUGCUGCCCGAUCUACAAACAUAGGCUGCAGGACUUGAUAGACUCAACCACAUAUGAAUAUGAUGAAUAA